UUUUCUUUUUUUUCUUUUUUUUUUCUUCGUUUUUUUAGUCCUUUGUAGAUUUUCCCCAUUUCUUCUUCGAAACCCUAAGACUCGAGAAUCUUCUCCGAUCGUUCGUACGUUCCGAUUGUCGGUUUAGAUUCAUUUGAAUAUGCAGAACCAGAGGAUGAAGCAGCAGCAGCAUCAGGCGUUGUUGCAGCAAGCUCUCCUUCAGCAGCAGUCGAUUUAUCACCCUGGUCUUCUCGCUGCUCCGCAGAUUGAACCAUUUCCAAGUGGAAAUCUACCUCCUGGGUUUGAUGCAAGUACAUGCCGCAGUGUGUACGUCGGGAACGUUCAUACACAGGUCACUGAGCCACUCAUUCAGGAAGUUUUUUCUAGUACUGGUCCUGUGGAGUCCUGCAAACUUAUUAGGAAAGAAAAGUCAUCAUAUGGAUUUGUCCAUUACUUUGACCGUAGAUCAGCUACGGUUGCAAUGAUGACCCUCAAUGGAAGACAUCUGUUUGGCCAGCCUAUUAAAGUUAAUUGGGCAUAUACAACUGGUCAGAGGGAGGAUACAUCUGGUCACUAUAACAUUUUUGUUGGUGAUCUCAGCCCAGAGGUUACUGAUGCCAUGCUGUAUGCAUGCUUUUCUGUUUACCCUAGUUGCUCUGAUGCAAGGGUUAUGUGGGAUCAAAAGACUGGCCGUUCCAGGGGUUUUGGGUUUGUUGCCUUCCGGAACCAGCAGGAUGCUCAAAGUGCAAUAAAUGAUUUAACUGGUAAAUGGCUGGGCAGUAGGCAGAUUCGUUGCAACUGGGCAACAAAAGGUGCGGGAACCGGUGAUGAAAAGCCAAAUUCGGAGACCAGAAGUGUUGUUGAGCUUACAAAUGGUUCCUCAUCAGAAGAAGUUAAAGAGGCUGCAAGUAGUGAUGCUCCUGAGAACAACCCUCAAUACACCACUGUUUAUGUCGGCAAUCUUGCCCCAGAGGUAACCCAGGUUCACCUCCACCGCCACUUCCAUUCAUUUGGCAUUGGAUCAAUCGAAGAAGUGAGAGUUCAGCGCGACAAAGGGUUUGGUUUCGUUAGAUACAGCACCCAUGCUGACGCCGCCAUGGCUAUUUCAAUGGGAAAUGCACAGCCAUUCCUGUGUGGCAAACCAAUUAAGUGCUCAUGGGGAAGCAAGCCAACACCACCCGGAACAGCCUCAAACCCUCUCCCGCCCCCGGCACCAGCACCAGCACCAGCACCUGUACCUGCCUCCCUGACAGGUUUUUCUUCAGCAGAAUUUUUGGCAUACGAGCGACAACUUGCAAUGAGCAAAAUGGCCGGCAUGCAUUCCCUGAUGCACCACCCACCAGGGCAGCAUAGUGCCGCCGCUCUCAAGGCAUCUAUGGGGAUGGGCGGUGCUGGCGCUGCCCCGGCCAUGUACGAUGGUAGCUUCCAGAAUAUGGCUGCUGCACAGCAGCUCAUGUACUAUCCGUAAGACCUCCGUCGAUCUCCCUCCCUCCGUCCCUACUUAUAUUUGUUCUUUUUGCUACUUAUUAGUAAUAGAAAUAGUAUUAUGAUUAUUAUUGUAACAUUAUGGUUUUUCCGGGAAGGCUCGCCCUUCACUGCUGAAUAUAUAUAUAUCUAUCUAUCUAUCUAUCUAUCUAUUUGUGCUGGAGAGUGAGAGAGAUGGAGAGAGAGAGAGAGAGGUGUAUUGUGUUGGUCUAGUAGUAGUAUUAUGAUGAUGUAUGUGAGUGUUGUUUUCUUGUUGGAAUGAAGAAGUGAGUGGCUUCCUUCUAGUUUAUUGUUACCUUUUGGUAUUCACGAUCAGAUUUAUGUAUCAAUAUCAUGAAUGGAUUGGAUUGGUUUGGUUUUA